GGCUCUAUAAAUGGAGCUCACCUUCCCCCACCUCCUUCCGUUCCCAUCCGCCUCACAGCUCCCCCUUCCAACACACAGGACAGCGUAGAUUCAAUUCAAUCCAUCCAUUCCGAUGGGGCUCGACGUCUUGGAGAUCGGGAUGGGCUCCGAUUUGAGCCUGGAUCUGAGGUACUUCGCCUCCAAGGCUGUCCGGCAGGCCAGGGACGCGCCGGCGUCGGACGUGGACGCCUGCAUCCGCCGCCUCGAGGAGGAGCGGGGCAAGAUCGAGAUGUUCAGGCGGGAGCUCCCGCUCUGCGCGCGCCUCCUCGCCGAAGUGAUCGAUGUCAUGAAGGCGGAGGCAGGGACGAAGACGAAGAGCGACCGCAAGGCGGCGGUGGCGGCGGAGGAGGACGGCGCCGCCGGGGACAAGAGCAAGUGGAUGAGCACGGCGCAGCUCUGGACCGGCGAUUCCGGCCGGGAGGAUGCGGAAUCAGAGAAGCAAGACAAGGGGAGGAGCUCGCCGGAGGCCAAGUCCCGCGGCGGCGGCGGCGCUUUCUUGCCGUUCAAGGCUGUGGGCUCCGGCGCGCCGGCGUUCGCGCCUCUGUGCUUGAGAGUGGAUGACAAGGCCGCGGACGCCGGGACGCCGGAUCUGUCCUUGCUGUCCCCGCCGGCGAUCAAGAGCUCUCCGGCUGCUGCCGGCGCCGCCGAGGAAAACCGUCGCCAGGUCGUGGGGUUCGCGCAGGCAGCGGCGAGGGCGGUCGCCAUGGCGCCGUCUGGCCCUUCUCUUACCCUCCAGUCUCAACCACAGCAGACAGCUCAGCAGCAGCAGCAGCAGCAGCAGGCGGCGAGGAAGGCCAGGCGCACCUGGUCGCCGGAGCUUCACCGCCAGUUCGUCGCAGCCUUGAGUCAACUCGGCGGUGCCCAAGUUGCCACUCCGAAGCAAAUCAGGGAGCUGAUGAAGGUGGAUGGCCUGACAAACGAUGAGGUGAAAAGCCAUCUUCAGAAGUACCGGCUGCACAACCGAAGAGCGCCUGGAUCCGCCGUCGUAAGCCAACCAAUUGUGCUUGUGGGAGGGCUUUGGAUCCCCCAGGAGCAAAGCAGCUCACAGUCUGGAUCCCCCCAGGGCCCCCUCCACUUCUCAACAUCGGGCAUCGCCGUCUCAUCGGCGGCCACCGUCAGCUGUGAGGAGGAAGAUGGCCUGUCCGAGAGCUGUGGCUGGAAAUGAUGAAGAGGCUGCUGCAUCAUCAGCGUUCAGACAGACAGGCUUUGAUGGAUCGCGCGCGACCGUGAUGUCGCCAAUUACAGCUUCAGGAGGGAGCCAUGAAUGACAUGAGGAGAUUGUAGUGUAGUCUAUCCGUAUACAACACAGAAGGGGAGAUCGGGCCUUGAGCGCUCGAGAUGGAACUGAUGGUGCGUCGGCGUUGGGUUGUACAUCAGAAAGAGAUGAUACUAGUUACAGUUUUGCGGCUUGUUAAUCCAUGUUCCGGGCAGAGCUACAAUUUUCGCCCUGAGAGAGUUUUCUUACCUAUAUCUGUUGUCGAUUAUAUCGUCUUCUCCUUUUUUUUCUGUUGAAUAAAUAUUGUUUUGCUGUUGUUCUGAACAAACGAACAGUACAGAUGAAUCGCUGCAAGUACAUGUGGUCAA